CUGGACUCUACCAAGAAAACAAGAUGGCGGCUUCCUUGUCAUAUUUUUUGUGCUGAAAGACUUUUCCACUUUUCUUCCACUUUUCUUCCACUAUGACAAUUUGAACUGAUCACUUCUCUACCUACAUUGAGUACUUAAAGUUUUUAAUAUGGCUUCACCUAGUUAUUUUGGUGAGUCUAACAAAAAGAGCGAGGUCAACGAACUGAAGAAGUUGCUUGAUCAGGCAGACACCCAACGGGACCCCAAAAAGUACCGCCAGGUCGUGCAGAAAGUAAUCGCUUGCAUGACUUUAGGGAUGGAUAUGUCGUCGUUAUUUAUGCGCAUGAUAAAGGCUGGUGCUACAAAUGAUCUAAUUCAGAAGAAGCUUGUGUACCUGUACAUCUGUGCCUAUGCAAAAACAAACACACAGCUUGUUGUAUUGACAAUMAAUACACUUCUUAAAGAUAUUCAAGACAGAAACUCUAUGAUAAGAGGACUAGCACUUAGAAGUAUGACAUCACUGAAUUUACCCGAUCUGUUGGAGCAUAUAGAAGAGCCAGUUAUAUCAUCAUUACAAGACCCUAGUAAUUAUGUUAGAAGAAUAGCAGUCAUGGGCUGYGUGAAGCUGCAUCAUCUUAACCCAGAUUUUGUUGAAGAAUAUGGAGUAAUUGAAAAGCUAAAAAGAAUGAUAUGGGAUGACGAUCCACAGGUGACAUGUAACUGCAUAUCAGCCUUGGAUGAGAUUCUGGCUUCUGAAGGAGGACUAGCUAUUGAUCAAAAAAUGGCACACAAUCUUCUUAAAAGCAUGGCAACUAUAAAGCUGUUUUUUCAUCUAACAAAAGACAACCAAGAACUUAUGAAUGAUGUCGUACAAAGAGUUAAAGGUCCACUUAUCUCAAUGAUGUCCUCUACAAACUAUGAAGUUAUCUACGCUGCCCUKUGUCAUAUUGAGUUACUUCUCUCUAGAACUCCCCUCUUACUUGAUAGUGAAUACAAAACAUUCUUUCUUAGAUUGAAUGACCCAUUGUUUCUUAGAAGAAAAAAGAUUCAAAUUUUGACAACAAUUGCAUCCAAAUCAAAUGUGGAAGAGAUUGUCACUGAGCUGAGUGAACUUGUUUAUGAUAUUGAUGUUGAAUUAUGUCAAGAAUGCAUCAAGGCAAUAGGAAAAAUAGCUCAAUCCCUCCCUAGAGCUGCUGAGUACUGUAUAGAUACUCUACUCAGUUUUCUAUCCUGUGAAACUGAAAGUAUUACAGCACAAACCUUAAUAGUAGUUAGAGAUUUAUUGCCAGAGUAUGAGAAACAUGCAGUUGCUGUAUUACCACAGUUAAAAGAAUGUAUUGAUAUUGUUGACAAUCCCAAUGCCAAAGCUGCUAUUGUGUGGAUUUUAGGGGAAUAUGGACAGAGUAUUCCUGAGAGUCCUUAUAUUUUGGAGAAUCUUGUCAACACACUUGAAGAGGAACAGUCAGCAGAAGUCAAAUUGCAGCUCUUGACAGCCAUGAUGAAGUUGUUUUUUAAAAGGCCUCCAGAGUGUCAAGCCUCAUUAGGCAACCUGUUAGCACACUGCAUAGAUAAUGAAACACAUAUUGAUGUCCAUGACAGAGCAUUGCUGUACUAUAGACUGUURAAAGAAAGCACUGACAUGGCUAAAGAGGUUGUGUGUGGUUAUCGAGAAAAUSCAAACAGCAAAAAUUGUAAYWUUAAACCUGACUUAGCCAAUGUUAAGGAGCAGUUAUUCAGCGAGUUUAACACAUUAUCAAUUAUGUACGGACAACCAUCUGUGAAUUUUGUGAUUCAGACAAUUCCGUUUAUCAAAGGAAUCCCAUAUCASAAAAGACAAGAUUUCGAAACACCGACACUUAAGGAUGUCAUGGAACCACCUCCUUCAAGUAAACCAGACAUUACUGUAGCAAAUCUUCUGGGGGAUUUCCAUAUUUCAUCAAAUGAAGAAUCUGCMACAAAGUUACAAUUAGUAGCGGAACCAUCUGUCUCGCGUUCUGAUUUUCAGCAAAAAUGGAUUGCAUUACCGACCAGCUCCAAAAUCACAUUAAAUUUGACAAGCACCCCUGCAAUACCCAAUGACUUCGAAAGARUUUUAUUGGAACAAAAUAUUGUCAUGAUGGCUUUUGGUGUCAGCAAUAAAACGCAAAAAUACUUCCACUAUGCACAGCAGGAAGUCGACAGUGGACUAUUUUUUAUAGAAACAAAUAUCGACGGAGAAACUAAUAUACUCACGGCCGAGUUUAAAGCAGAAAACCAAGAAAGAAGUGAUGAGUUUGUGAAAAUAUACACAGACGCUGUAGCGAAGAGAUGGAUAUAAAACCACCGCGAACAUUAGAUGGACAAAUUAUAUUUAAAAUUUUAAGAUACAGCCUUUUGCACAAAUUAUGAGACAUUUUUAUAUAUAUAAAUAUACCUAACCA